AUGGCAGCUCCGUUGGCAGAAGCUUCAGCAAACUCUCUGGACCCGAAUGCGUCGACUGGUGCACCACAAGAGGUUCCUAAAGACGGCACCGGCGUUGUCCAGCUUGAUCCCUGGCUGGCGCCAUUCCAGGACACUUUGAAGCGAAGAUAUGCGAAGGCUCAAGAUUGGAUUAAGACGAUCAACGAAACAGAAGGUGGCGUGGAGAAGUUCUCUCGUGGAGCCGAGAAGUUUGGACUUAUUGUCGGCAAAGACAAUGAGAUUACCUAUCGAGAAUGGGCUCCAGGAGCCACCGAGGCCUACCUGAUUGGAGACUUCAAUGGUUGGGACAGAGGAUCUCAUCCCAUGAAGCGGGAUGACUUUGGCGUUUGGGAAAUUGUGCUCCCAGCAGUCAAUGGGGAGCCAGCCAUUCCACACAAGUCGAAGCUCAAGGCAGGUUGCACGCUCAAAAAAUACACAGCAGCUAGCAAACUAACAACAUGGCAGAUCUCCAUGACCAAGCCGAGUGGAGAGCGAAUCGACCGACUACCAGCCUGGAUCAAGUAUGUCACUCAGGACCUCUCUGUGUCUCCUGCAUAUGACGCUCGAUUCUGGAACCCGCCAGCAGCCGAGAGGUACACUUUCAAGCAUGCCCGACCAAAGAAGCUUCUGAGCGCCAGAAUUUACGAAGCACAUGUUGGUAUCUCAUCACCCGAGACACGGGUGACCACAUUCAAGGAGUUUACUGCCAGUAUGCUGCCCAGAAUCAAGAAUUUGGGAUACAACGUCAUCCAACUCAUGGCUGUCAUGGAGCAUGCGUACUAUGCCAGCUUCGGCUACCAAAUCAACAACUUUUUUGCUGCCAGUAGCAGAUAUGGAACCCCCGAGGACCUCAAAGAGCUCAUCGAUACAGCCCAUAGUCUUGGUCUGGUAGUACUGCUUGAUGUGGUUCACAGCCAUGCCUCGAAGAAUGUACUCGACGGCCUCAAUGAGUUUGAUGGCACAGAUCAUCUUUACUUCCAUGAAGGUGCGAGAGGUCGGCAUGAGCUUUGGGACAGUAGGUUGUUCAACUACGGCCACCAUGAGGUCCUCAGAUUCCUGUUGAGCAAUUUGCGGUUCUGGAUGGACGAGUACAACUUUGACGGUUUCCGCUUCGAUGGUGUCACCAGUAUGCUUUACACCCACCAUGGUAUUGGAACGGGUUUCUCUGGUGGCUACCACGAGUACUUUGGUGCUGGAGUUGAUGAGGAAGCGGUGGUCUACCUGAUGAUUGCCAAUGAGAUGCUUCAUGAUCUAUACCCUGAGACGAUCACAAUUGCCGAGGACGUUUCUGGAAUGCCAGCAUUAUGCUUACCUCUGUCUCUUGGUGGUGUUGGGUUCGACUACCGACUCGCCAUGGCUGUCCCCGAUAUGUGGAUCAAGAUUCUCAAGGAGAAGACAGACGAAGAGUGGGAUAUGGCCAACAUCUGCUGGACUCUCACAAACCGCCGGCAUGGCGAGAAGACCAUUGCCUAUGCCGAGUCACAUGACCAGGCACUUGUCGGCGACAAGACCUUGAUGAUGCAUCUUUGUGAUGCGGAAAUGUACACCAACAUGUCUACUCUUUCGCCCUUGACGCCCGUCAUUGACCGCGGUAUGGCGCUGCACAAGAUGAUUAGACUUUUGACUCAUGGCCUUGGUGGUGAAGGCUACCUGAACUUUGAGGGCAAUGAGUUUGGACAUCCCGAGUGGCUGGAUUUCCCCAGAGAAGGGAACAACAACAGCUUUUGGUAUGCUCGAAGGCAGCUCAAUCUGACCGAGGACCACUUGCUUCGCUACAAGGACCUCAACAGCUUUGAUCGCGACAUGAAUCUUACCGAGGAGAGAUACGGCUGGCUACACGCCCCACAGGCAUAUAUCAGCCUCAAGAAUGAGAGCGACAAGGUCAUUAUCUUUGAGCGUGCCGGCGUCGUGUUCAUCUUCAACUUCCACCCUAGCAACUCCUACACCGACUAUCGAAUUGGCGUCGACCAGCCGGGUACGUACAAGGUUGUGCUCAACACCGACAGCAAGGAGUAUGGUGGUCACGGUCGUAUCGACGAGAACACCCGAUUUUUCACAACGGCAAUGGAAUGGAACGGACGCCAGAACUGGACGCAUGUUUAUAUUCCAUCCCGAUCAGCCAUCAUUCUUGCGCUCGAAUCUGCCUAA